CCUCACCCUACAUACUGCAAAGACCUUUACAACAACAGACUCCAUACAGACAGGAAGCAAUCAGAAGGUUCUGAAACAGACAGUUCCAGUGUGGAGAGGCUGUGAAGGAGGACAGGAUGAGGGCACUGCUGUUCUCCCUGGCUUUGCUGGCCUCUCUGCAGGCUUUCCAGGCCGCCUCUGGUCCCAAUCCAAAAGCUGUAUCAGCGGACACUCUCAAACGACUGUCUUUAGAAGGAGAGAAGCUUGUGGAUGAGGAGGUAAGGAGAGCCCUCUAUGGUGUUAAGCAGAUGAAAGAGGUGAUGGCCAGAAACGAGGAGAAGCACGAGCACCUGAUGAAGUCCCUCCGGAACAGUGGAGAGAAGAAGAAGGGGGCAGCAGAGAUGGCUGAGGAUGUGGUAAAGAAGUUGGAUGAGGCAGAGCAGCACUGUAAGGACAGUCUGAAGUCUGCCUGGGAGGAGUGCAGGCCCUGUCUGGAGGACACCUGCAAGAACUUCUACACCAACAGCUGCCGGCGCGGCUUCGCCACAUUCUCCAAUAAGCUAACAGGCUUCUUCCGCAGGGUGAGUGCCCGCUUUGGCUCGCGAGAUUCUCGGGAUGAGCUUGAAAUGAACCAGAGUGAUGGGAGCCCUGAACUGGAUGCUGUGAAGAUCGAGGAGUCGUUCAGCUCCCUGCUGACUAAGGUGGGCAACCUGGUGAACCGUAGCAUGGUGCUGGUGUCCCGCUUCCAUAGGCAGCUGGACCAGGCGCUGCGGAAGGCCUUCGUUCCAGAGCUUCAGGAGGCGGAGGACAGUGUGGCGCUCAUCCCUAUGCCUGGAGAUGACCUGGACUCUGCCUACCUGCAAGGUGUGGGCUUGGAUGACGUGCUGGAAUCCUUCUUUGACUUUGGAAGGAGUUUGACGGAGGAGUUCAGUGCAGUGGUCACCCAGGCGUUUGGCAACGUGCACAGCGCAUUGGAGGAGGCAGAGAAAGAAAGAGAGAAGCAGCUGUUUCCAGUGUUCUUCCACAAGAGGAAGCUCUGCAGAGAUCUGCGCAGACAGUCUGCAGAGUGCUGGCAGCUCCAGAACAAGUGUGAAGCCUGCCAGGGAACCCUGCUCGCUGAGUGUCCGAGUGUACGGGAGCUGCACGUUGAGCUAGACGAGGUGUCGGAGCUGCUGGAGGUCUCUAAGCAGCAGUAUGAGGAGGUGCUGGGCAUCGCGCAGCGUCACACCGAGGACACUGUGGGCUGGCUUAACAACAUGGCUGCAGAGUUCGACUGGGUGGCUGAGCUGGUCCACGACAACACCACGCCAGAGAACAUCUUCAGCAUCACCAGGGUGGUGACUGAAGAGGAUGCUAACAUGCCAGCAGCAGAAACCAAGGUGGAGGUGAACAUCCUGAACGCUCCACCUCUUUCCCUCAGUGUGCCUGCAGGACUGCAGCUACAGGACCCCGCCUUCAUCCAGUAUGUGGCUCAUGAGGCUCUGGGGCUGUAUAAGUCCAGGCAGGAAGAUGCUUGA